AUGAGUCUCUACUCAUCCAUGGUUUUGCGUCCUUCGUCUCUCGUCAUUGUACUGGCUUACGCUGCGCUGUUAGUUCUUACCACAUUGACGCCAUGCUGGUAUGUCAUGGUCACGCAACUAGAGCAGCGUGUGAUUUUGAAUUCAGAAACUGUUCUCUCCCAAUUUCAAUCCGAAAUUGAGCAUUCAGCUACACUGAUACACCCUAUAAAUUCGUCCUCAACCAAGGUCGCAAAAUUUUUGAGUUCAACUCUCAAAGCUGCUAACAUCUCAUUCUCUGAUAUCGUGACCAAGGUGGCUCCAUUAUUAUUUCAAGCAUUUGAGACGGUUCCUCACUUAGCCCAAAUCUCAUACAUGGGGAUGGAAGGUCUUUUUUUCUCGUACUACACUGAUAACGAUAAAGUUUUGGCAAUGUACUCAAACUCGUCAUUUCCUUCGACUUCUCCUUGGAGUGCCUCGAAAGCAAAAGUAUAUCAUAUUCAACCAGUAAAUCGUGACACUGGAGAGUUAUAUGGAGAAGCCAUAGUAUCUGAACCCUCUAUCAAUUCAAGUUUGUUUGCACAAGUGGUUAUAAAUAGUUCAAAUGGGCAUGCCUCAUUGGGAACCAAGUGGAACCACGCUCAUGAUCUUCUAUUCAUUAGUUCAGCUAGAAUCACAGGGGUUGGAGGGGUCUCUUUAGGUUUUCCAGCAACAACAAUAGCUAAUUUUUUAUCUCAUGUUGGUUAUCAAGGAGCAAGCUUGUAUUUGGCAACCAAAGAUGGAAAAGUUCUUGUAGAAGGGAUCCAAAAUACUAGUAUGGUUAUUUAUAAUGAUACGGUUUCCUUCCAAUCAGUGAAUGUUAAUGGUGAUCACACAAGUUAUUAUGAUGGCACUGUCUCAUGCAAAGGUGGAGAUGGGGAUGUUACUUCUAUUUUGAAUAUUCAGGAUACUGAGUAUUUAAUUCACUGCUCCCCCAUUGAUAUAAUGGGAAUAGAAUCGGUGUAUGUUUUGGCUGUCCCAAACAAUGGGUUGGUUCGCUAUGUUCACGAGAUUAAGAAAAAAGGAUUGACGUUAAUGACUGUGAUGAUGGUAAUGGCACUGGUUGCCAUGCUUAGUUUUCUAUUUACAAAUGUUAGAUUACUUAAGCGAGAAAUGCACUUGUGUGCGUCACUCAUCAAACAAAUGGAAGCUACCCAACAAGCUGAGCGGAAGAGUAUGAAUAAGAGCCAUGCUUUUGCUAGUGCCACCCAUGAUGUUCGAGCUUCGUUGGCGGGCCUUACUGGUUUGAUAGAGAUGUGCUACCAUGAAGUUGUCCCUGAUUCUGAAUUGGAGACCAACUUAAAACAAAUGGAUUCUUGUACCAAAGAUUUACUAGGACUCUUGAAUUCUAUACUUGAUACAAGCAAAAUUGAAGCGGGCAAAAUGCAGCUUGAGGAAGAGGAAUUUGAUAUAUUCCAACUCUUAGAAGAUGUGGUUGAUUUAUAUCAUCCCGUAGGUAUGAAGAAAGGUGUAGAGAUAGUGAUGGACCCUUGUGAUGGUUCUCUACUCAGAUAUUCACGAACCAAAGGCGACAGAGGAAAACUGAAACAAGUUUUGUGCAAUUUACUGAGCAAUGCAGUAAAAUUUACGAGUGAGGGGCACAUAGCGGUUCGAGCAUGGGCUCGGAAGCCAAGCUUGAAGAGCUCAUUAAACGCUACUAACCGAUACAGGUUAAAGAGACUUUUGUCAUGUGUUUUUUAUAGGAAAAAAGAAGCACUUGAUGACAUAGAGGCAAUCCAAUAUGAUCCAAAUUGUAUGGAUUUUACGUUUGAAGUGGAUGACACUGGCAUUGGAAUUCCCAAGGAGAAGUACAAGUCUGUAUUUGAGAAUUAUGUCCAAGUCAAAGAAACUGCUCUUGGCCAUGAAGGAACUGGCUUGGGACUUGGUAUUGUCCGGUCCUUGGUACGAUUGAUGCACGGAGAUAUUGGAAUUAUGGACAAGGACAUUGGCGAAAAAGGAACCUGCUUUAGGUUCAAUGUGCUCCUCACUGUACAUGAGACACAAACGAAUGGUGAAACUAUAGAGUGUUGGUUUGGAUCAAGAGGAAAUCAAGCUCAGGGACUAACCAUUCGCACUACAAGUCCUGCUUCAAGCAUGGGUUCCAUGAAUCCCAGGUUACCUAUCAUCAGUCCUAGUCCAAGACCUGAGGCUUCUCAAGUUGUUCUUUUGAUUCAAAAUGAAGAACGCCUAAGGACUAAUCAGAGGUUCAUGAAGAACUUAGGGAUCAAAGUUAAGGUUGUGAAGGAGUGGAGAGAUUUAUCUUACACUCUAAGGAAGAUCAAACAAAAGGGGCUCCAUUCCACUAGCCCAAGAUCUCCAUGGUCUUCUUCAGAUUCUCCAUCUACAUCUUUUGGAAGAGCCAGAGGAGUCCGUUUGAGUGCCAUGGAUGGAUCUGACUAUAUGAAUUCCAUCUUCAAGAAGACAGAUAUUGAAGCUACCAUGAGUUUCAUCCUGAUUGUGAUUGAUGCAAAUGCAGGACCAUUUUCAGAACUUUGCAUGGUGAUAUCUGACUUCAAAAGAGGCCUAAACAACCCUACGAGGGUUGUUUGGUUGGAAAAGCCACUUAUGCCUGGCGUUGACUUCAAAUUCCUUGAGGAGGAUGCUUCUCAUUCAAACGACAUUGUCUUGUGCAAGCCAUUUCAUGGUAGCCGUUUAUUCAAAGUUAUAAGGAUUCUUCCUGAGUAUGGUGGUGUUUGGCAGUGUAAUUCUAGUAUAGUAAAUAAAGAAAGGUAUCAAGCUUCCUCAAGUGCUCCUGAAGGUGCAAGUCAAAGUGUUGAAGGACGAAAGUAUGAUAGAUUUAAAGCAGGAAAAUUUCCAAUUCACCAAGGAGAAAUACAAGAAUGUGGAGGAUCAAGCAAUGGCAAAUCCUUGAGGGGUAUGAAAUUUUUGGUUGUUGAGGACCAUGUUUUGUUGCGUAGGAUAACUAAGGCAAAUUUGGAACGGCUUGAUGCGUCUAUCGAGGAAUGUGAGAAUGGUGAAGAAGCUGUUGGGCUAGUUGAAGAGGGUUUAACUCGGAAUUCUUCCAAUCCUCCAUAUGAUUACAUCUUAAUGGACUGCCAGAUGCCGGUAAUGGGUGGAUACGAGGCAACAAGGAGGAUAAGGGAGAUUGAGAAGCCCUAUGGCGUUCGCAUUCCAAUUUUUGCAUUAACUGCUAAUACGGGGGAAGAGGCAAAGUGGUCCAUAGAAGCUGGAAUGGACGAUCACUUAGUCAAACCCAUCAAUCAAGUGGCUUUACUUGAAGCAGUCAGAAACAUACAUAACAAACAGUGA